AUGAAUAGACGCACAAAUGGCCCUGCAAAGAACCAAGCAGUCUCACAUCGUUCACAGGUUCUAGGUACUCAUCAUGUAGGUGAGUUCCAGGUUGUGCUACACCGACGAACACCAUUACGGGCCAUCAGACAGAGGUCAACGGCUCCCCCUCCGUCAAACAGAAAUGGGAGUAUUUCAACAAGGCUGAAUGGCUGGAACCACAAUGACGAGUUCUUCCGUUUCACUCGCGCCCGAUUUCUUCGCGACGAGCCACGCCAGCUUUCCCACAGAUACGUUCCAUUCAACCUUGACGAGCUCGGGCAAGUAGCCAUUCGUGCCGCCCAGGGUGCUAGUAAGGGAGCCCGGCGAUGCGUGAAUAUUGAGAAAUUGGCCGAUGGGAUGCACAAUAAGGCUGUCCGCUUUACGAUGGAUAAUGGUUUUCAAGCGGUGGGCAAAGUACCCAAUCCAAAUGCCGGGAAGCCGCAUUUCACGACGGCCUCGGAGGUUGCCACAAUGGAUUUUAUGAGAAAUAUAAUGGGGAUACCGGUGCCAAAGGUAUAUUCUUGGAGCUCCACAGCUGACAAUGCAGUGGGGGCGGAGUAUAUUCUCAUGGAGAACGUACGUGGCGUCCAACUGGGUACGCUUUGGGAUCAACUCGACGUCGAAAUCAAGAUGAAGGUGCUGAAAAAGGUAACGUCAUACCAAGAAACAUGGGCACGUACCUGUUUCUCGCAAUAUGGCAGUUUGUACUAUAAACAAGACCUCGCAUCUUCGGCUCCCUGUGUCAAAUACACCGAUCAUAAUGGCGGGACUGUGGUGGACAACCGCUUUGCAAUUGGUCCAUCCGUAAGCAGACAAAACAACGACGACGGCAGGAUCGACAUGGACGUUGAUAGAGGUCCUUGGAACACGGCAGAAGACUAUGAGCGCGCCACGGGUUUCCGCGAAUUACAUGGCAUCAGAAAUGUAUCACGGCUUCCAGGAUCCCCGAUUGCCAUCUAUUAUUCCGGGACAUACCAACCGUCCAGAGACAAAAAGACCCUUGCGGUGGAAAGUUACCUGAAAUUGCUGAAGUUCCUGCUCCCAGAGAAGUCUCUACAAACCUCCCAUAUCUGGCACAACGAUUUGCAUACAGAGAAUAUCCUGGUCAAUCCAAUGGAUCCGUCGGAGAUCUAUGGAAUUAUUGACUGGCAAUCUACUGAAUUAGCACCGUUGUAUGAUCAUACUCUGGAACCCUAUAUUCUUGAUUAUGAUGGCCCACCCCUGGAUGGGUUGAUGGAACGACCCAAACUUGCGGAUAUUCGUGCACUCUUUCACGAUGAGCCCGAGCCCAUAGCCAACCGUAAGGCGAACGCAUUAUUCAUUGACAUGUCCCUAGUUUCUUUAUACAGACACCUGAUACGCCAGAAGAUCCCGCAACUGUUCAAGGCCCUUGAGUUUCGUGAAACCAUGUGCUUUCAAUUGCUUCUCUUCGCACGUAACCUUCUGGUCGAUGGCGAAGCAACUUAUUUAGCCCUUUUGGCAGAUCAGCAGCGAGAGAAUUGGAGAGAUAUUCCGAUAAUACACCACGGACACGAACCCUCACCCAUAUGUUUCUCGGCGGACAUGCUACAGAGAAUCGACAUAGACCAUACCGACACCAAUUCCGCCGUUGCGCUGAUGCGAGAAGCUCACGAGAUGAUAGGCAACCGGUUCUUUUGCGCGUCGGGAUUGGUAAGCCAUGAAGAGUUCCGCGAGGCUCAGCAGAUUAUUCCUCGCGCCAAGGCAGAGUUUAUCCACAAGCAUGCACGCAACGCAGAAGAAGCUCUCGAGUUAGAACAUGCCUGGCCGUUCCAAUAA